CUUUGCAGAUUUGGACCCAGUUACUCUCUCGGAUAGAACUGCUGUAUGGACUUGUUCAUGAUGAACUGUGAGUUAUUGGCCACGUGCAGUGCGCUGGGCUUUCUGGAGGAGGACGUUUACCACAAAGAAGCAGACUGCCUUGAGAGCGUAAAGGAUCUGAUUCGUUACCUGAGACACGAGGACGACACGAGGGACAUCAGACAGCAGCUGGGAGCUGGACAGAUCCUUCAGAACGACCUCUUACCCAUCAUCACCCAGCACACGCAGGACAAACCGCUGUUUGAUGCCUGUAUUAGGCUAAUGGUGAACCUGACCCAGCCAGCGCUGCUCUGCUUUGGAAAAGUUCCCGAUGAUCCGGCCUUCCGACAUCACUUCCUGCAAGUGACAUCAUACCUUCAGGCCUAUAAAGAGGCAUUUGCGGAUGAGAAGAUCUUUACCGUGCUGAGUGAAACGCUCUACAACCUUCUUCAGCUGGACUGGGAGCAAAGAGCCGAAGAAGAUAACUUACUGAUUGAGAGAGUUUUGCUGCUGGUCAGAAAUGUGUUGCACGUCCCUGCAGACCCAUAUGAGGAAAAGAAUGUGGAUGAUGAUGCCAGUGUUCACGAUAAACUGCUGUGGGCCGUUCACAUGAGCGGACUGGAUGAUCUGCUGAAGUUUCUGGCCUGUGCUCAGAGUGAACAGCAGUGGAGCUUCCACAUCCUGGAAAUCAUCUCUCUCAUGUUCAGAGAUCAGACUCCUGAGCUUUUGGUGAAUGCAGGACAGAUGCGUUCUGCCCAGGAGAAACAAAAAGACAUGCAGGAGCUGGAGUUAUUGAGACAGAAAGAACUAGCUGAAAAACGCAGCCGUACGCUACUGAGAGGCACCAGACACUCUCGUUUCCGUGGCUCGUAUGUCAUUGAAGGACUGAAGUCAGUUGGGGAGAAAGAUGUGAUUUUUCACCAAGGACUUCACAAUUAUAAGAACUAUUCUCAUGACGUGGGUAAGCCCGUGAGACGUGUACCCAAGCGCAAACAGAUGGCUCAAGAUUCAGAGAGCCAACGACGCUCGGCGUUAAAUGUACGUCUCUUCCUGCGCGAGUUCUGCAUCGACUUCUUGGAGAACUGCUAUAAUCGGCUCAUGUACCUUGUGAAGGAGGGCUUGAUCCGGGAACGGGCCCAGCAGCACGAUGAGACGUACUAUCUGUGGGCGUUAACCUUCUUCAUGGCCUUCAACCGGGGUCAGAACUUCAGACCGGAUGUGGUGUCUGAGACCAUGUCCAUCCGCACCUUUCAUUUCAUUGAGAAGAACAUCACCAACUACUAUGAGAUGAUACUCACUGACAAGAGUGAUGCCACAUCCUGGUCUCGCAGGAUGCAUUUGGCUCUGAAGGCGUAUCAGGAACUGCUGCUGACAGUGAAUGAAAUGGAUCGCUCAAAGGAUGAAAACAUCCGACACAGUUCUAGUGUCAUCAAGAGUAAUAUCUUUUAUCUGAUGGAGUUCAGGGAGAUUUUUCUGACCCUCUUGCGUAAAUUUGAUGAGCGAAUGCAGCCGCGCUCUUUUCUCCGAGAUCUGGUGGAGUCCACACAUCUGUUUCUGAGGAUGCUGGAGAGAUUCUGCAAGGGCCGAAACAAUCUGGUAGUGCAGAAAAGAAGAGUGAAACGAAGGAAACGUAGCAAGAAGAGCCUUCAGACAGAGCCCUCGGCUGAAGACUUGGAACAGACAUGGCAGAUCGUGUCUCAAGAGCUCAUAUCUUCUGGCUUUCAGCUGUCAGAGAGUCUGGCUGAGGGUGCUGUGCCCUUCGACGCCGCAUCGGAGACUCCAGUCAAUGAGCAGAGGACUGAAGCUUUGGUCAAGAUUCAAGACUGCGUUAUAUCUCGCUCAGGACCUGAAGCUUUGAGUUUACUCCGGGCUGCACGGGCAGUGUGGCCUGAAGGAGAAACGUUUGGAUCUGUCGAGGUGGAACCGGAGGAGGAACUAGAACUUCUGAAGCAGAUUCUUUUCACUAAACUCCCUAGGUCCGUUCCUUUAGAUUCGGCUCUGGAGGAAGAGGAUGGAGUUGAGUUGGAGGAAGAGGAAGAGCUUGAGUCUGUUGCUGUGUCUGAGACGGAGUUCAACUUCUUAGAUUUCAUCAAGAGGUUUGCCAAUCCAGCUGUUGUGCGUCCUUAUAUUGUCCUUCUGCGCUCGUACUCCCAGAACUCCUCUCACACCAACCACUGUAUCGCGCGCAUGCUGCACAGACUGGCUGUGGAUAUGAAGAUGGAGGCGUUACUCUAUCAGCUGUCCGUCUUUUCCCUGUUUAAUAAGAUCCUGGGAGACCCAGCAGCGGCCGCCUAUCAGGAGCUUGUUACAUUUGCAAAAUAUGUUCUGAAGCGGUUCUUUGUAUUUGCUGCUCAAAACAACAAAGCGUUUGUGGAACUGCUGUUCUGGAAGACUGUGGGAGCUGUGAGAGAAAUGACAGAGGGAUACCAUAAAGACGGGGAAGGCACAAAGAAAAAAGGCAAGUGGACUCCUGAAGAAGAGGAACAGCUUCAGCGAUUGUAUGAAGAGCACAAGGACUCUGGAGUGCCGGAUAUUGUCGAGACGCUGUUACCGUUGCUGAGCAGCAGCCGCACUAGACGUGACUUGGUGACCCACAUGGUUUCCAUGGGUUUGGUGGACAGUGUGAAGGAUUUAAAGAAAGAGAGGAAAGGCACUCGUAUCGUGCUCUGGACUGAAGAACAGGAACAGGAACUCCAGGUGCUCUUUGAGGAGUUUAAAGACUCUGAUGAUGUGCUUGGAAAUGUUCUUAAGCGGAUUACAGCCAAGCGCUCACGGGCACGAAUAGUUGACAAGAUCCUCAGCAUGGGUCUAGCGUCCAACCGCAGAGACCUGUACAAGAAGAGACAACGCGGCGCUGCUGGCAGGAGUGCUGGAAUGACAGAGGAAGAGUUCUUUGAUGUGACUGGAGAGUCCCAGGAGAAGGACAUGGACAUAGAGGAGGAGGAGGAGGAGGAAGAAGAAGAAGAGGAUAAAUCUGAGCACGAUGAAGACGACAAUGAGGCUCAAACUGCCAACUCAGCCAAAAGAGGCCAAAAGAGCAUGAGUAGAAACAUUUCUUCAGAGAAAAUCCACAGUGUGAGAAACAUGGUCCAGACUUUACAGCAACAAGGUCUGUCAGGGCCUGUCCUGUGGCUACAGAACUGCCUGAACAGAACGGCUGAUGACCGUGAGGAGGAUGGUGUUUCUCAUCCUGUGGCCCUGGUUCCUCUGACGGAGGAGAACGAGGAUGCCAUGGAGAACAGGGCUUUCCAAAAACUUCUGGGCAUGGUUGGCAUCCGUCCACCCUCAGACGGACAGGAGUCUUUCUGGAGGAUUUCUGCCAGUCUGAGUGUUGAUCAGCUGAGGAAACUAGCAGUGUCUCUGGACCCGGUUGAGACCGAAGCUGAAGGGGAUUCUGAAGGAAACCAGGACACCAGUCGGGCUGUUGAGAUGGAGGAGGAGGAGGAGGAGGAGGAGGAUAACCAGGAGCUGAGAGCUCAAGCACUGAGAGCUUUGCUAUUGUCUCGCCAGAGGAAACACACCUCUGCUGAAUCAAAGGACUCUCCAUCAUGUGAGGGCAGUUCUGAUUCUGUGGAACCAAGUGAUCGUAUAGAGAAGAGAAUCUCAAAGAAGAGAAGCAGAGUGUUUGAUGAUGAUGAUGAUGAUGAUCAGAGAGAUAUUUCAGAUGUGGAUCAUUUAUCCAGGAGUAAGUUUGACAGAAGCCUGGAUUCAGACCGCGAGAGUCCUGCGGCCCCAGCGAAACGCAGAUACAAGAGAGUGUUGAGUGAUGAAGAGGACGAGGAUAACUAGCCUUAUUAACAGCGCAGUACUAUCAUAAUUUGCUUUUCUCUCUCUCUCU